UAACACGUCAUUCUAGUAAAGUGCAGAAGCCGGUUGAGUGAUCCCUGUACCGCCGUCUUUCUGUUCUCCUGUGCAUUUGUUACGUUCUAGCCCCAAAUGCUGUGAUUUGUUUUGACCAGAACAUAUUCUUUGUCCAACCUGAUACUUAAGCUUGGUGAUGGCGACCUACCAGGAGUUUAUCCAACAGAAUGAGGACAGGGAUGGGGUGAGAUUCAGCUGGAACCUGUGGCCCUCUAGCCGGCUGGAAGCUACCAGGCUAGUGGUCCCUGUUUCUUGCCUCUUCACACCCCUCAAAGAGAGGCCUGACUUGCCCCCGGUCCAGUAUGAACCAGUGCUUUGCAGCCGAGCAAACUGCAAGGCAGUGCUCAACCCACUAUGUCAAGUGGACUUCAGAGCAAAAAUAUGGGCCUGUAACUUCUGUUUCCAGAGAAACCCAUUCCCUCCUUCUUAUGCAGGCAUUUCGGAAGUGAAUCAGCCAGCUGAACUCAUGCCACAGUUUUCUACCAUUGAGUACAUAGUACAGCGUGGACCCCCAGCUCCUCUGAUCUUCCUGUAUGUAGUAGACACAUGUUUGGAAGAAGAGGAUCUCCAAGCACUCAAGGAGUCCCUCCAAAUGUCACUCAGCUUGUUGCCACCCAAUGCCCUAGUUGGCCUCAUUACAUUUGGCCGCAUGGUUCAGGUUCAUGAGCUGAGCUGUGAGGGAAUUGCCAAGAGUUACGUGUUCAGGGGUACCAAGGAGCUCUCCUCCAAACAGAUCCAGGAGAUGCUCGGUUUAACAAAACCUGCAGCACCAGGGCAGCAAGGUCGCCCGAUGGCACCUCAGGAUGCUGCACCCUCCUGCAGGUUCUUGCAGCCUGUGCACCGUGUGGAUAUGAAUCUGACUGACUUGCUUGGUGAGCUGCAGAGAGACCCCUGGCCCGUUCCUCAGGGCAAACGGCCACUUCGCUCCACUGGAGUUGCACUGUCUGUUGCUGUUGGUCUGCUAGAGGGUACAUUUCCCAACACGGGGGCUCGUGUGAUGCUGUUCAUCGGAGGGCCCCCGACCCAGGGCCCAGGUAUGGUGGUGGGCGAUGAGCUGAAAACCCCAAUCCGCUCCUGGCAUGACAUUCAGAAAGACAAUGCACGCCACCUGAAGAAAGCCACAAAGUAUUAUGAAGCCCUGGCCAACCGCUCUGCUGUAAAUGGCCACAGUAUUGAUAUCUAUGCAUGUGCCCUGGACCAGACUGGACUUCUAGAGAUGAAAUGCUUAUCCAACCUCACUGGGGGCCACAUAGUGAUGGGAGACUCUUUCAAUACCUCCCUGUUCAAGCAAACCUUCCAAAGAGUCUUCAGCAAAGACUUCAACGGAGAUUUCCGAAUGGCCUUUGGAGGUGUCCUUGAGGUCAAGACCUCAAGGGAGCUGAAGGUUUGUGGGGCAAUUGGACCAUGUGUUUCACUCAACUCCAAGGGUUCCUGUGUUUCAGAGAACGAAAUGGGCACUGGUGGCACAAACCAGUGGAAAGUGUGCAGUCUUAACCCCUCCACCACCUUGGGGAUUUACUUUGAGGUGGUGAAUCAGCACAAUGCACCAGUCCCUCAGGGAGGCCGAGGCGCGAUCCAGUUUGUAACCCAGUACCAGCAUUCCAACACACAGAGGAGGAUACGGGUCACCACCAUUGCUAGAAAUUGGGCAGAUGCACAGUCUCAGAUUCAGCACAUUGAGUCUUCAUUCGACCAGGAGGCAGCUGCUGUGCUCAUGGCUCGGCUUGGAGUCUUCAGAGCAGAGUCAGAGGAGGGACCAGAUGUCCUGCGUUGGCUUGACAGACAACUCAUCCGCCUGUGCCAGAAGUUUGGCCAGUUCAACAAAGAUGAUCCUACCUCCUUCAAACUGUCAGAGUCUCUGUCACUGUACCCACAGUUUAUGUUCCACCUGCGGCGAUCACCCUUCCUUCAAGUGUUUAACAACAGCCCAGAUGAAUCAUCCUAUUACAGGCACCACUUUGUCAGGCAGGACCUGACCCAAUCCCUAAUCAUGAUCCAGCCCAUCCUCUACUCAUACUCCUUCUAUGGACCACCAGAGCCAGUGCUUCUGGACAGUAGCAGUAUCCUGCCAGAUCGCAUUCUACUGAUGGACACUUUCUUCCAACUGGUUAUCUACCAUGGAGAGACUAUCGCCCAGUGGCGGAAGGCGGGCUACCAGGAAAUGGCUGAAUACGAGAACUUCAAACAGCUGCUGCAGGCUCCACUGGACGAUGCUCAGGAAAUCCUACAGACUCGCUUCCCCAUGCCACGUUACAUCGAUACAGAGCAUGGUGGAUCACAGGCUCGCUUCCUGCUCUCCAAGGUCAACCCAUCGCAGACCCACAACAACCUGUAUGCCUGGGGGCAGGAGACGGGUGCUCCGAUUCUUACGGACGACGUGAGUCUGCAGGUCUUCAUGGACCAUUUGAAGAAACUGGCCGUGUCCAGUUCUACGUAGAAAUCUCCACCCAAUCACAUCACUGGAGAAUACAGAUGGAAUGAUCAGACAUUCCUGUUGUUAUAUAGGGAUCCAUUAACAUUUCCCCUGUUUUUGUGAAGGAAUUUAAUCCUGAGAUUUGCUUUUACUAUGCUCUUUCUUGAGUCUUAUGUGACAGUUCAGUGAUGGAAAAAUAAAAACAGGGAAAAGACAUUCUUGAAUCACUUUAGGAGAACAAAUGGCAUUUUCUAUUAAUUUUCAUCGUUAUUUAUAACAAAUGGCUCCAAUAUUCCAGAACCAAGCUGUUCUCAGCUAAGCAAUAAUUCUGUUUCUGUCUCAGAUUGGAUAAUAUGUCUGACAUGCAGAAUGAUUAGGUUAAUACUUUUACUUUUUUGUUUUGUCUUUGUUUUUCCUAAUGUGUUCUUGUUGCAGCACAUAUGGUUAACGUCUGUGUGUUUGCUUUGUCUAUAGCUAAAGAUGUCUUGAAUUUUUUCAUUAAUAAAUUAUGAUUGUAACAACCUCGAACGCUGGUUCAAAAAUGUUCAAGGACUAAUUGUACUGAUGGCUUAGUAAUCAGUUUAUUUGUCAUUGACAAAAAAAUUCUACAUGGAUUAUGUGUGUUUUCCAAGAAAAUUUCCUCAAAAUCGGGAAGAUUAAUGUUCUGUGGAGUAGAUGUCCAUUCAAAUGAGACCAACUCUGUUUUUAGGGACAAACCUUUGCAUUUCAAAACGCACGAUAUAGUUAAGUCAAGAGAUCCUCAACUGUUUUGGUCGCCAUCUGGUAUUUUGCACCCAGUGACUACCCAAAUGUCUUAGUAAUCAAAGUUUAAUAUACUUUAAGACUGUACAAAGGGCACAGUUAUUUGAUUUAGAUCCUGUCUGAAUACUUAAUACUAUCUAUAAGAAGGCAGGAAACUGACCUCAUCUGUGUUGUCUGGGGUCUCACCAGAACAUAUCCCCUCAACCACAAGGCUCUUUUAGGCUCUUAAAUGUUAGUUCAGGUUAUUUGAUGCUUGAUCUAGGUGCCCUUGAGCUGCCAUUACCUCCUUAACUCACAUUUUAGCCUGAGUUCAUCACCAAGCCUCUGUUUAUUUUGAACCAUAUGUUAUGUUUAACAUAGGAAAUGGCAACACUCAUAUGUCAUGUGUUUGAGAGAGUUUCAUGAUAUGUUACACUAGGUGAUAUUUCCUCUUUACAGAUUGGAAAUGACACGGCAUACACAGUUGUCUUUUUCUCAUUCAUUACUACUGUACAUAAAGCCUGCAUGGCACACAAUCCCAAUCAUAAAAC